AUGACAUCUGGCAGCGAAGAUCAUGACGAUGUAUUCGUAGAAGGGGAAGAAAACGAGUUAAGUCGGCGGCUAAAAGUGCAGAUUAACGAGAAAGAUCUGCUAUGCAUAAACGGGUGUGGAUUUUACGGGACACCGCAAUGGGGAAAUCGUUGUUCGAAAUGUUGGCGAGAACAUCAGUUGGCUGAGAAGAGAAGUCAAGAUUAUGCAAAGAAUAGGACUUUGCUUGGUUUUGACAACUUUCAAGAGCGACGUAAAGCGGCAACAGAAAGUCGAACGUUGACGAUCAAGAAGAUUUUUCGAUCACCUUCGAUGCUAGCAUCUACAUCAAGUGACUCAUUAUCGUCUGCACAGCAAGCACAACAUGUAUCACCAAAUGGAACACCGACGAGGCAAUCAAGGCAGCUCAGUCCCGACAGCAAGGCAGCUAGAGAAGUGCUUACGGAUUUUCUGGUGAUGAGUUUACCGACAGCUAUUCUACAAGAAGUUACUCGUCAAGUGAAAUAUGCUGUAAUGAAAAUUCAUGAACUCGAUGAAGAAGUUGAGGCGAUCUCUGCGCUUGCAAGACUCGUUGAAUUCGGAUCGUUAACAUUUGGUGAACAGCCGGAUUCCUAG